AUGGAUCCUUGCCGCCUGGCUGAGCUCAUCCUGAAAAACAGAGCAACAAUAGCCCAACCGGCGGCUACAACUGGCUGCACAAUAUCACCUCUCUCCCUCUGCCCAUCCCCCACCCAUAUUAAAAUUGCCCCACAAAACGACGACAUAAAAAUCUACAACUACACCGUCAAGCGGCGCAGUCUGUUCCCAAAAAAUAACCCCCUCUACCUCCUCGACAUCCUCGUCCCCUCAUACCUCGAAUACCAAAUCCCCACCUACUUCGCAGACAGCGCGCACCACCACGACGACCCCCACUACGACCCCACUACGACCCCCUCCAACCAAACCGUUUACUCAUCAUGGAUCUACACCAACAACCUCGCCAACAACAGCUUCUUAUCUUACAUGGAAAUACCCAACCACACAAACCCAGACUCCGUAGAUUGCAUCCUCUCAGCCCUGGAUUAG